AUGAAAGAAUCCUUUCCCCUUGAGAUUGCAGAUUAUGCCAAGUUAAAGGCUAUUGAAGACGAACCAGCAUUCGCAUGUUGGGUCCCACAUGUACACAAAAAGCGUGAUCGUUUUAUAAGUAAGGUAAAAUCAAAAUAUUGGGAACGGACCCACAAAUACGGUAUCCGCAUCCCAAAAUCUGUCAAGGAGGCUAUUCAAAUUGAUCAAGAAAAUGGUGACACCUUGUGGCAAGAUGCCAUCAAAAUGGAAAUGAAAAACAAUCGAAUUGCCUUUGAGGAAUUUGGCGGGGACAUCAAAAAGCUAAUUGGAUACAAACGCAUCACUGGUCACAUGGUAUUUGAUGUCAAACUUGGUGAAAACUUCCGACGAAAAGCUCGAUAUUGCGCUGAUGGACACAAAACGGAAGCGCCAGCAGCACUGACAUACAGCACUGUAGUAGCCCGAGAUUCUGUACGAAUAUUACUCACCAUUGCAGCAUUGAAUGGUUUGGAUGUCCAGUGCGCUGACAUCCAAAAUGCUUUCCUCACCGCACCCAAUCUUGAAAAGUGUUACAUGAUUGCGGGCCCUGAAUUUGGAGACGAGGAGGGUAAAACAUUCAUUGUUAGGCGAGCACUAUAUGGUUUGAAAUCUGCUGAAUUAGCAUUCAGGUCCCACCUUGCAGAGACAUUGGAGAACUUGGGAUUUUACUCAUCAUAUGCCGAUCCCAAUGUUUGGAUGCGAGCAGCUAUCAAACCAGUCGGGGAAGAAUACUACGAAUAUAUUUUGUGUUAUGUGGAUGACAUCUUGUGCAUGUCUGAAAACGCUAAAGAUGAAAAGGGCACGACCGAGGAGGGUGCGUGUGCGUGGGAAGUGCAAGGGCUCCAUUUGUCCAAGGAGACUUUAAAAGGGAACAAACAACAAUUCUAA